CUUAAAAAUCGAACAUUCCUGCUUGACAAUGCUUGUAAUUGUAGUUUUUGUUAAAGUUUUGUAAAAAAUUGUUGUGCAAAUAAAUGAAGGCGGCCAGAAAAUAUUAUCAAGAAUUAUCCACAAAACUUGAAAGCGUGAAUAGCGAAGCGAAGAUGCAUAAAAUACGUUUAACAUUUAAGAGAAGAUAAGUUCGUUCAAAAGUUCUGAAGGGUUACUACCAAGUACAGCAGCCAGCCGACUGAAGAAUUUCCGCAAUUAUACGCAUUGGACAACUCUUGACACCUUGAUUCAUUAUUAGUGAUACAAGAAAAAAAACGACACCAAUUGUAAAAAGCUGGAAAAAGUUAACGUACUAGCUUCAGAAUAAUAUUUUACAAUCUCGAGUUGGACACAGUUAAUUAAUCAAGGCAAGAAGCAAUUAGACACAAAUCAAAAUGGUUGACCCAUUCCUAGCGAUGAACUAUAAUGUAUUAGAGGUGAUCUUCUCUUAUUUGGAUUUGCGUGAUUUGCGGAAUUGCGCGCUGGUAUGCUGGAACUGGUAUCACUUCUUAAACGAUGAAAGCUCAGACGUGUGGCGAAUGCAUUGUUUGCGAAAACUACCCCAAGAAGCACUUAAGUCAGACUUAUUGGCAUCGGUAACGACUUACAAAAAAAGAUUACGCGCCUAUUAUCACGCUUGGAACCCAAAUGAUUGCUCGCGUAAUGUUUAUAUUAAGCCGAAUGGUUUUACAUUGCAUCGCAAUCCCGUCGCACAAAGCACAGAUGCAGCGCGUGGAAAAAUAGGUUUUCGACAAGGGCGUCAUUCGUGGGAGGUGAUUUGGGAAGGACCGCUUGGCACAGUUGCGGUAAUUGGUAUAUCAACAAAGGAAGCAGCGUUACAGUGUCAUGGUUAUGUGGCCUUAUUGGGUUCUGACGAUCAGAGUUGGGGAUGGAAUUUGGUGGAAAAUAUGUUACUGCAUAAUGGUGACGCGCAGGGAAGCUAUCCGUUGCUAAAUAACCCACCCAAAUAUCAGGUGGGUGAACGGAUACGAGUCAUACUGGAUUGUGACGACAAUACCUUAUCAUUCGAAAAGAACAGUGAAUUUUUAGGUAUAGCGUUUAAGGGUCUGCCAGAUAAGAAGCUUUACCCAACAGUGUCUGCGGUGUAUGGCAAUACAGAGGUAUCGAUGGUGUAUUUAGGACCGCCUUUAGAUGGUUAAAAUAGACAUAUGAGUGUAUGAGAGUGGCUAAAUACACUGGUUUACAGCAAAAAUGUUCUAUGGCUGCCACUAUCCAAUUCCUAUGUAGAAUUGCUCAGUGGUUCCGAAG